AUGCCCCACUCACGACAAGAAUCGUAUGCUUCGUCCUUCGUGUCGUCUUCGGCGCUAGGACUAGGCAUCUCGAACCCAAGUUCCAAGUCCACCCCUACGAAAAAUCCUGUGAAAAUUGGGCCGUGGAAGCUUGGUAAGACCUUAGGAAAAGGUGCUACCGGUCGCGUCCUAUUGGCUUCCAACACUCAUACGGGUCAAAAGGCUGCUGUGAAAGUGGUUUCCAAGAGCCUGCUUGGAGCAGAAGGUCAGGACGCGUCGUCUGCUGGUCUCAGCUACGGCAUUGAGAGAGAAAUAAUCAUUAUGAAAUUGCUCAACCAUAAGAACGUUCUACGCCUUUACGAUGUCUGGGAAACAGAUAAUGCAUUGUACUUGGUGCUUGAGUACGUUGAAGGAGGUGAGUUGUUUGAUUUGCUCGUGGAAUCCGGUCCUUUACCCGAAAACACGGCCGUGGAGUUCUUUAGACAAAUUAUCCUCGGGGCUUCUUACUGCCACAGCUUGGGAAUCUGUCACAGAGACCUCAAGCCUGAGAAUCUUCUUUUGGACAAACAAUACAACGUCAAGAUCGCAGACUUUGGAAUGGCUGCUCUCGAAUCCACAGACAGACUGUUGGAGACUUCGUGUGGCUCUCCUCACUAUGCUGCUCCAGAAAUCGUUAGUGGACUACAAUAUCACGGUGCAGAGUCCGACGUUUGGUCCUGUGGUGUGAUUCUUUUUGCAUUGCUCACUGGAAGACUGCCUUUUGACGAUGAAAACAUCCGCGAGCUGCUUCUCAAAGUCCAAAGGGGCAGCUACGAGAUUCACGAAGACCUUUCUCCAGAAGCAAGAGACCUCAUUUCUCAAAUGCUGACUGUCGACCCAGAAGAGAGAAUCAAAACCAGAGACGUGCUCAAACACCCUCUCAUCACAAAGUAUCCAUUCAACAAACAGGACCACGAAGACUACCUCAAUUUGCCAAGUCCAAACUCGGCAACCCAGCCGGUCAAGUCACGUGAGGAGAUCGACCGCCAGAUCUUGGAGAAUUUGGUCAUCCUAUGGCACGGGAAGGACCCUGAGGCCAUUGUUGAAAGUCUGUUGAGCACUCGUGCCACUCCAGAAAAGACUUUCUACUCUCUUUUGAUGAGAUACCGUCAUGACCAUAGCGACCAAACGCAGACCCUUGUUCGAUCCUCGUCAGUGAUUUCGAAAGUGACUCCGGUGACUCCAGCCUCCAGCGGUACCAGUUCUCCACAGAAGAAGCGUUCCUCUAUGCGCAACUUCAGUGCAGGAACUGCAUCCAAUCGUCCAGUCUCGUUCCAGCGUUCAAAGGCAGAGAAGCCAAUUGAGAAGUCUCCAAUAAGGAAACGGAUCUCUGUUGGUAGCAGACGUAACUCCAUGCUCUUCAUGAACGAGAGCAAGCGGAACUCGUUGAACUUUGCAGACAACGGUGUCUCCAAACGUCUCUCUAACACCAGACUCAAGAGAAACUCUGUCACCUCCAAGUUGUUGUCCACAUACGCCAAGCUUGCUGCCAUUGAUGAAAACAAAACCAAUAAUGUUCAGGAGUACGGAAAGCGCGCGUCUGCCGAUUUCGCUGCUCUGUGUGAUAUGCUGUUUGACGGCAAGUCCAACCGUAUGAGCAAUGCCAGUUCUUUGGCCGCUGCAGGUGCUUUACUUGCUGAUGAUGACAAGUCUUCCAAAUCUUCUAGAAAAACCGUUAGACAUUCGUUGAUUACUGCAAAGAAGAGACAAUCUACUUUUGCUUCGCUUUUUGACGCUGCUGCAUCUGUGAAAGGUUCAAGCUCGGGAGAAUCUUCCAAGUCGAUCAGAUCGAUCUCGAGUAAAAGACUUUCUUCCAACCCAAUGGAGCGUAUUUCUCGCAUUUUGAACGCCAGCGACUUGGAAAAUAUCAACAGACGUUCCAUCUCGCACGGUGUUACUCCUUCAGUGAAUCCUCCUCCUAAACCAGUGACCCAGCUGGAUCCAAGAGCCAAGGCCUACGAGAAGUACCAAAAACGUCUUUCUCAGACUUUGGAGAAGAUGAUGAAACAGAAGGAAGAGGAUGAGAAGAAACAGAAGGAGAAGGAAGAAAAGGAGAAGGAGGAGCAAGAAAAGCAAGAAAAGUUGGAUGCCGAAACGAAGAAGGAAGCUCCUAAACAGCCAAGAAAGAUCAACAGAAACCCAGAAAAGCUCUCCGACGUGACCAUCCCUCAAGUGACACGCAAGUCGAGACACUUGUCUGAUGGCAAACGGUACAGUGUGCUGUCUAUCUACUCUGCAAGUCAAGCCAAAGAUGCAGAGACCAAGGCAAACGACCGUAAUUCUAAGGCUACUCGUUUAAGCAUGGUUUUCCAAGAAGAUUCCGAGAACGAAGCUGACGACACUGUGGACAUGAAUUUGCAGUUGGACAAGAAGGACGAAGGCUUGUACUUUGUUGACACCAAGCGCAAGUCCAACGUCAAGUCCAUGCUGAUGUCCUCUGAAGAUAUUCCUCACUUGAAAUACAGAGAGUCUAGAGAUACUAUGAUCUCGUCGAACUCUGCAGACAAGAGUUUGUACAAGUCAUUGAGAUUGCCAGAGAUUCCUGGUUCUCCUAUCAAGGACGACAAGGUGGAUGUCUACGAGGAGCCACAAUCCAGAUCCAAGCAUCCAAAGACACCAAAGGAGUCCAAGGAGCCACAAGAGGCGGAAGGAAAACAGUCUGUUUCUCCAGUUGUUGCUUCCAAGAAGAACGACGGAACGCUGCAAUUCAGUAAGCAACGCAAACCUCUUGGUGAGAUCGAUCAACACAGAAAAGACAACGAAACAAACAAGCAAGUUCCAUCUGGUGGCUCUUUCUUCAGAAAAUUGUCGUUUGGAAGCAGAAAGGUCUCGGAGCCAAAGGAUACCAAGCGGAAGGUUAGCAUUACACAGGCAUUCCUUGCCCUGUUCACAGGAGAGAUCUCUGACGAGCAGGAAACCAAGGAGCUACGCACCGUUUUAAACGAGGAUGAUCUUUUCGAAGCCGUCAAGUCGCUGCUGGUCAGCUGGAAACAACACGGAAUUGACGAUCUGCAAGUUAAGAAGUCUACACGGCGGAUUGUGGCCAGCGUUGCAAAGCGCAACUCGUUUGGCCUAAAAGCCUGUAAAUUCGAGUGCCAGGCUUACCCAUCCGAGAACGGCUCGCUUCUGGUGUUCACCAACUUGAGAGGUCCUUCGCGUAGUUUCUCCAAGUUGACAAGAGAAACAGAACGUAUCCUGGAAAAGGAGAGUAUCUUGGCAUAG